UACUCAUUCUUAAGUGUAAGACUGAAAAGCCUCCAUCAGCAUGGGACGCAGCACCUUCAAAACACGUGGUAGCUUUACAUCAGGAUCCAUGUCCGUUGGUGGUGGUGGUGGAGGAGGAAUGGGCAGAAGCUUAUGGGCUGGAAGUGCCCAUGGUGGAGCAGGAGGUUCUGGGGUUCGCAUCUCCCAAGCCUCUCGUCCUUUGUUGGUUGGUGCAUCUAGAGGAACUGUUGGUGGAGGCUUUGGCUCUGGUGUAGGUCUUGGUUCAGGUCAUAGUCUAGGUCAUGGUAUAGGUCUUGGUUCAGGUUUUGGUGUAGGUCUUGGUUCAGGUCUUGGUGUAGGUCUUGGUUCAGGUCUUGGUGUAGGUCUUGGUUCAGGUCUUGGUUCAAGUGCUGCUGCAGGUUUUAUUGGUAGCUUUGGAAGUGGUGUUGGGUUUGGAAGUGGUGCUGCAUUCAAAGUUGGAGGUGGCAUUGAGGGAGCAGAUGUUGGUAUCAUGGGCAAUGAGAAAUUCACCAUGAGGAUCCUCAAUGACCGUUUGGCCUCCUACCUGAAGAAGGUGCGCAUGUUGGAAAAGGCCAAUGCAGAGCUUGAGCUGAAGAUCAGUCAAUUUGUGGACAGCAGGACAUCACCUACUGAACAGGACUACUCUGACUCCUUGUCUACCAUCAAUGAGCUCCAGGCUAAUAUUCUUGAUGCCAUUAAGUUGAAAGGUACAGUCCAGCUCAAUGUUGACAAUGCCACCUUGGCUGCAGAUGACUUUAGGAUUAAGUAUGAGAAUGAGUUGGCCAUGCGUCAGUCAGUUGAGGCCGAUAUCUCUGGGCUGAAGAGGCUGCUGGAGGAUAUCAACCUGAGCAUGAAAGAGCUCACUCUGCAGAUUGACACAAUGAAUGACGAGAAGGUCUACCUCAAGAAGAACCAUGAAGAGGAAAUGGUGACAACACGCAGCCAGAUGAGCGGACAGAUUAAUGUGGAGGUGGAGGCCGCACCACAGCAGGAUCUCACCAGCGUCCUGGAAGACAUCCGUGAUCACUAUGAGAGCGUCGCUGCCAAGAACCGGAGAGAGCUCGAGGGCUGGUUCAAGGGCAAGUUGGAGACUCUGAAAAACGAGGUUGCUACCAGCACACAGACCAUAGCAACCAAUACAACAAUGACUACGGAGAAAACCAAAGUGCAGGGCCUGGAACUCGAGCUCCAGUCUGUUUUGGCUGUGAAAGCAUCCUUGGGAGUAAAACUGCAAGAGACACAGGCUUUCUACACUGCGCACUUGUCAGGAUACCAACUGCAGGUGACAAGCCUGGAGGAACAGCUGCUGCAGCUUCGUGCUGAUCUGGAGCGUCAAAGUCGUGAUUAUCAGAUGCUGCUGGACAUCAAGACCAGACUGGAGCUGGAGAUCGCUGAGUACAGGAGACUGCUGGACUUGACUGGGACCAGCGCAAGUCUCUUUGUUGCUAACAGCAAGAGCUCUGAAACCAAAUCUGCCACCACUCCUAAGGCAGAAGGUGAUAAGCAGGAUCAGAAGGAUGAGAAGACACAGUCACCUGACUAACAACAACAAAAGUCAUGAUGGAAUAUAUUUGACUAAUAAGCAUUUCAGUCAAGUAAUAAAAAAAACAUUUCGAUCAUAA